AGACAAGCUUUAGGGAUUUCCACUUGUGGAGAAGGAGGAGGAAGGUGGGUGAGGACGUGUGACUCCCACAUCCCAUUGAGUGACAGGGGAGCAGCUAUGAAGACAACCCCACCUCCCUGGCCAUGACGGGCACCCCAGACAAGGGGAGCACAGCAGGGACGGGUGCUCUUCAUCCCUGUUACCUCACAGGUGCCCCCAUGGCCGCCAUGCUGCAGACCCCGGCCGCGACAUGGCAGCUGGCAGAGGCGGCAGCGCUGGCAGUGCCUUCUCAAAGGGCCCUGAGGGGAAUGGCUGCCCCUCGGGGCAGCAGAGUGCCACGUACCUUCACCUGUGCCAGCCCGGAGGGGACAGCCCUGGCCUGGCCGCUGCCUGAGCGCCUCAGGGCAUACAGGGUCCAGAUGUCCAUGCGAGGGUUGGCAGGGCGCUCCCUGAGGUGUCUCGCCGCCAUUUUGAAGGCGCUGGCGAUGAGGUGGCUCCGGCACAUCAUGUCUGCCGGGGGGGAAGCCCUUCUCCUCAGGCUGGCGGUCUGGGCAGUGCUGGUGGCAUCUCUCCUCCCUGGGGUGAGUGGCCAUCAUCCACCAGCGGGCUACGCUGUCUAUGAGAUCGUCCAUCCGAGGAAGCUGGCCCCUAAGGCGGGGGCAGCCGCGGGGGCAGAUGUGUCCUACGUGCUGAGGGUGGAGGGCAGGAACCGCAUCGUCCACCUCACCCGAAAGAGAGGGCUCCUGGUGAAAAACCUGCCCGUGGUCACGUACAGCCCAGGGGGGAGCAGGGUCAUGGAGCAGCCCCACAUCCCUGAGGAAUGCUUCUACCGGGGCUACGUGGAGGACAGCCCCGGCUCCACCGCCACGCUCAGCGUCUGCUGGGGGCUCAGGGGGCAGCUGGAGCUGGGGAACCGGAGCUACGCCAUUGAGCCCGUGCCGGGUUCCCUCAGCUUCCAGCACCUUCUCUAUCGGCGAGAGGUGACCCAGAGCAAGCCCUUGAUGUGCGGGGUGACGAACGAGGCGAUGCGACCGCAGCUGCAGGAGACAGGACCUGAAGUAGCCUUGAGGAAGCACGUUUUGUGUCAGGGACUAAAGCACACCACCUAUGUCGAGGUGUUUGUCGUGGUGGAUUACUCCCUGUUUUCCUUCCAAGGGAGCAACGAGACCUCCGUGAUUCUUCUGGUUACAGAUACCAUCAAUUUAGCUGAAACCUACUUCUAUAGCCUGAGGAUCCGUAUCUGCCUGAUCGGGAUGGAGAUCUGGACACACAGCAACUUCAUCAGGCACAGCCUGGAUAUAGAAGAUGUCCUCAGGAGUUUUAACCACUGGGCAAACAGGGAUCUCUCUCAGCGGAUGGCGUAUGAUGUUGCGCAUCUAUUCACUUACAUGGACUUCGGGCUCGUUGUUGGGCUGGCGUACGUCGGAACCGUCUGUUUCCCGGGGUACCGCUCCAGUGUGGUCUCACACAUACGGAGAGACUUCACUGCCUUCUCGCUUAUUUUCGCUCACGAGCUGGGUCACAACCUGGGCAUGGAGCAUGACAAGGAGAACUGCGCCUGCGGAGCAGCCCCCAAGUGCUACAUGACGGGAGGCUCGCUCACCGGUGCCAAGGGCUUCAGCAACUGCAGCACUCAGUACUACCUAGACCUCAUGAACAGAGGCCGCGGCCACUGCUUGUGCAACAUCCCCGAGCCCCACAGCCUCUUCCACUUGAAACACUGCGGCAACAAGGUGGUGGAUGAGGGAGAGCAGUGUGACUGUGGGGGGUUGAAGGACUGCCAAGGCAACCCGUGCUGCCUCCCCAGCUGCAGGCUGCAGCUGGGGGCUGUCUGCUCCGGUGGGCAGUGCUGUCACAACUGCCGUUUCCACGCUGCAGGACACAAGUGCAGGGCGGAGGCGGAUGAGUGCGACUUGCCUGAAUAUUGCAAUGGGACUUCGGCCUGGUGCCCGGAGGAUUUGUACGUGCAUGAUGGGACACCCUGCAGCAACAAUGGCUACUGCUACCAUGGCAAAUGUGCCACCCAUGACAACCUGUGCAGAAAAGUCUUUGGGAAGCAAGCUCGUGGUGCUCCAGAGAGUUGCUUCCAAAAGCAGAACAUGAGAGGGGAUCGGUUCGGCAACUGCGGCGGUGAUGGCUCCAAAACGGCUUUUGUGGGAUGUAAACCCCAAAAUGUUCUGUGUGGAAGGCUGCAGUGUGUCAAUGUGAAGAAGAUACCCGUUCUGCAGAGGUCUAAAGCCAUCAUUCAGACACCAGGGCCAAACGACUGGUGCUGGGGCACAGCCUACCAUGCCAGCAUUGAUACACCUGAUGUCGGAGGAGGGACUGAUGGCACCAGAUGUGGGCCUAAAAAGAUCUGUAUUAACAAGACAUGCAUAGAUGCCACGGUCAAGAUGAAGUGCGAUGGGAAGGUUAAGUGUGGGGGCAAAGGGGUUUGCAACAACCUUGAACAGUGCCAUUGCGAAGCUGGCUGGGCUCCUCCAGACUGUCAGUUCCAUGGCCUGGGAGGGAGCAUGGACAGUGGCCCUCCACCAGCUCUCAUGAUGACCAUGGGGGAGGUUGUCCAAACUAAAGUGUUUAAGGUAGUAAUGGGGAUCACAGUUCCCCUUACCGUCAUUGGGAUUGCUGUUGUCAUUGCUGUAACCAAAUACAGAAAGGCAAAAGCUGCAAUUGCAGAAGGAAGUGAGACUUCUGCGGAUGAGGAGCAGGGUAUAGAAGGAACAGAAGGAGGAGAAGAAAAAGAAGGUGAAGGAGGAGGAGGAGGAGGAGAAGGAAAAGAAAGUGAAGGAGGAGAAGGGGGAAAAGGAGAUGAAGCAGGAGAAGAAGAAGGAGGAGGAGGAGGAGGAGAAAAAAGUAUGUUUAAAAACCCAUGAAAGCAGUGGGAAUCCCACCAGCUGAGAUCUGGAAAGGACUACAGGUCCUGUGUGUGUGCCCCUGCAGCUGGACUGCUAGUCCUAGGAGAUUUUCCACAAAGUGAUUUACACAACGUACCUGUGUAAACUGUACAAAAGUUAAUUACACCAAACUUCAGUAUUUCCUCUUCUUGUAUUGCCUACUAUGUAAAUAAAUUAGGGUUGGGCCCCAAAUGUGAAGCUGUUAGAAAAUAAAGAGUGUAAAAGUUAAGAGAAUUGUUUCCAGUGCA